AGGUAUAAAAUGUAUUAAUCCGCAGGUAUUUUAUUGUACUCUGCGAAACAAUAAUCAUCUUAUAAUCGAAAGGGAAACAUUAAUUUAUAAAAUAUAAAAAAUGUCACAUACAAUAAAGUAUGCUCACGAUUCGGUGUUUUUUUAUUUGAAUGAUUUUUCAUCUCGUGUUGUGGCGAAGUCAGGGUUACCUGGAGACCGAUAUCAUCUUGGAAAACUAAUUUUUCAAGGUUUGAAAGAAGAUCAAGAUUUUUUAUUUCAAAUAGACGGUUCCACGAAUGAAUCAGAAACCAACGGAUCAGCGUUACUAAGAUCCAUAAAAUGUGCCAACGCCUUCAGGAAUAUGGGUUUAAAGAAAGGAGACGUUAUAGUUUUGAUGGCUCCUAAUCACAUAGAUCUGGCGAUUCCGUUGUAUGCAGCGUUAUAUCUUGGAAUUGUAGUUGCAGCUAUUGAUGCCACCUUGGGAAUAGAGGAACUUAAGGGUUUUUUUGAAAUCGAUGAACCAAAAAUUGUUUUCUGUCAUGCUUCAAAGUACAAGGCAGUAGAUGCGGCUUUGGUUAACGCUGGAGUUAAGUCAAAAAUUAUAACGUUUGACAACAACCCCAACUGCACGAAUUUUAAAGACUUUGUUUCGUCCAAUUCAGACGAAAUUCUUGAUCGCAAGAAGGUCAUCGAUGAAUUCAAACUAGAAGAUUUCGAUCCAGCAGAAACCUUAGCCUUCCUGACAACAACAAGCGGUACUACUGGACUUUCUAAAGCUAUCGCGCUAACUCACAAAAAUCUGGCGAUAGCGAUUCCAUACAUAUGGUUAUGUGACACGAACUUCCCGACACCGACAAAAGUAGUGCUGCUCAUAGCGCCACUUCAGUGGUUGUCGUCCGGAUUCCAUUACCUCUUCUCUCCGAUGCUGAAGUACACGAGGCUGCAGGUGUCAGAACCGUUAUCGAGGGAAGUGUUCGCCAAAGUUGUGAACAAAUAUAAGCCUACAUACACGGCGAUAAGUCCAACACUACUUCAAUACUUGUGGAAAAUUGAGCAGACCGAUUGCGAUAUGACUUGUUUCGAAACUAUUUGGCUUGGAGGAAGCUUUGUACCGGAAGAUCUGUUAGAAGAUAUAAAGAAAAUAAAACCUGGCAUCAGAACGGCAGCUGGAUAUGGUCUCAGCGAGGUCGGAGGUUUGGUGUUUUACGAUCAGUUCACGAAGAAAGGAUCAGUGGGUAAACCUUUAGGAAGCUUUGAUUACAAACUGGUGGAUCCUGAAACAAUGGAAGAUAUCAGCGAGCCGAAUGUUCACGGCGAGCUGUGGCUUCGAGGACUACCAGUGUCUAAGGGAUACUACAAAUGUCCCGAGGCAACAGCGGAGACGUUUGUAGAAGGCGGAUGGUUCAAAACCGGAGAUAUAUUCUACAGAGACGACGACUGGAAUUUCUUCUUUGUUGAACGCAUGAAGUUGCUGUUGAAAUACAGAAAUCAUCAGAUAUCUCCUAUAGAGUUAGAGGCAGUGAUCAGACAGCAUCCAGCGGUGCAGGAUGCAGCAGUGACCGGGCUCCCUGAUAAAGAGUGUGGGGAGUUACCAGUCGCAUUCGUUGUGCGGAAACCAAACCAGACGGUCACGGCGCAGGAAAUUAAAGAUCUUGUCAUAAAGUCUGUCACUGACACCAAACAUUUGAGAGGCGGAGUGAUAUUUAUAGAUGAAAUACCGAUGACGACAACGACGAAAGUGCACAGGAAGCAACUGAGAGAAAUGGCUGUGAUGAUGAACAGGGAAUAAUAAUUUAGGGGUAAAGGAGACGGUAUAUUUUAUACGCGUCUUUAUGCAGUUUCAUGACGCACUUUUUGUAUGAAAUGACAAUGUUCCUGACUGUACAGCAGA